UGUAUUUAUUUAAAGUUGUCAAUUACUUAAGGAACCCAAGUUGCUUUGCUUUCAAGUGAAAACACCAGACACAGAACAAAAAUCUUCAAAACAAAAUGGCUUAAGCAUCCUUUGGCUCCUGAUUCUUGGAUAGUAACCGAUUCCGCUCCCAAUCCUCCCACCUCUUUGGCAACGAAAAACCGUUUUUUUAACUGCCUUCUAAUCGUUUCGCAAAUCACAAACCCCGUGUGAUGUUUUUUUCUUAAGAAAGAUUAAAAUUUUCAAUCCAAUUCAAAACUCCAACGUUUAAAAUUGAAACUUCAAGAAGAAAGAGACCCUCCACCUUUAGUCCGUCCUAGUCGUUUGGUGCCAGAAGAAGAGUAAAUCACUGAUUUUGAGCUGAAUUCCAGUUGAAGAUGAGGUGGGUUUGUUUCUAUUGACUUUGGGAGAUCUGGUUGGGCGAGGAGUCUGAGUUCUAAGAAGUAAGGAGGGAGAUAUGGAACCCCCAAAGGGGGUGUUGGCUUCUUUGUGGAACUUUAUCUGUUUUCUACCUUACUUCAUUGGCCUUCUUCUUCUUGGCAACUUUAAAGGUAUUCUGUUCUGCCCAUUAAUUUGCCUUAUCAUGACAAUUGGAAACUCGGCUAUCAUAUUGGGUCUUUGGCCGGUACACUUUCUCUGGACUUAUUAUUGCAUGUUUAGAGCUAAACGAUAUGGACCAGCUCUGAAGAUUGUUGUCUGCAUAUUUGUACUCCCCGUCCAAUUGAUCUUGUGGCCAGUGGUUGGAAUCGUUGGAAGUAUUGUGGGUGGAGCAGCAUAUGGCUUUCUUUCACCAGUAAUGGAAACUUUUCAAGCUGUUGGAGAAGGGAAGACCGAUCAAUUGUACCACUGCUUUUACGAUGGAACUUGGAGCACUGUCCAACGGUGCUUCACUGUUGUAAGGGAUUUUGGGGAUGUUUGUUACCACACAUACUUCUCGGUUAUGGAUGACCUGAGACAAGGAGGUCCUCCAGAUGCAAAAUAUUAUGAGAUCAGGGUGCUAUAUCUUCCUGGGGCUGUUAUAAUAUCAGUCCUUGGUUUCAUGGUUGAUAUGCCGGUGAUCUCAUUUAUUGCCCUAUGCAAAUCCCCAUACAUGCUCUUCAAGGGGUGGCAUCGUUUGUUUCAUGACCUUAUAGGUCGGGAGGGCCCUUUCUUGGAAACAAUAUGUGUUCCAUUUGCAGGUCUUGCUAUCCUACUCUGGCCAUUGGCUGUUGUAGGGGCAGUGCUGGGAUCAAUGGUGGCCAGUAUCUUUCUAGGUGCUUUUGCUGGAGUGGUUGUUUAUCAGGAGUCCUCAUUUUGGUUGGGGCUAUGCUAUAUCAUUGCAUCCUUGUCCAUAUAUGAUGAAUACAGCAAUGAUAUCCUUGACAUGCCAGAAGGAUCCUGCUUUCCAAGGCCAAACUACCGAAAGAAGGCCAAAUUGGUCCGAACCAAUUCUCGUGGACCCGCUUUCUCAAGGCCCGGCUCCUUCCGAAGUGUUCCCUCCCGCUCGGUUUCGUUCACUAAUCCUAUCAUUGAGUUGAAGCCCCUUGAGCUAAUUGAUAGCUUAUUUAAGGAGUGUAAACAUCAUGGGGAAAUCAUGGUUUCUGAAGGAAUAAUAACACUUCAAGACAUUGAAGAUGCCAAGUCCAGUAAAGGUAGCAGAGUUAUAAGCAUUGGCUUACCAGCUUAUUGCCUUCUUCAAUCACUUCUGCGAUCUGCAAAAGCCAAUUCGGCAGGCAUAUUGUUAAGUGACAAUGUUACUGAGUUGACUAGUUCAAACAGACCAAAAGAAACAUUCUUUGAUUGGUUUUUCAAUCCGUUGUUGAUCAUCAAGGACCAGAUAAAAGCAGAAAACCUUUCUGAAGCAGAAGAGGCCUACCUUUGCAAGUUAGUUCUGUUGAAUGGUGAUCCUUUGAGGUCAAAAAACUCAAACAUUGGCUCACCACCUGAAUCCGAGCGUAAACAGGCUGAACUUGAUGCAUUUGCUCGAAGGCUCCAAGGUAUCACUAAGUCUAUCUCAAGGUAUCCAACUUUUAGGCGUCGAUUUGAGAAUCUUGUGAAUGCCAUAUCUGAUGAUCUUGCCCAGAAUGAUGGUAGCAGCAAACCAACCGAUGGACCAAAAACAAUUCCAAGAUCAAAGAGUGCCUUUGCCCGAUUGUUCAGCCAGAAAUCUGUUAGUUUUACAAACAAAACAAGCAAUCAUGGGUAUGAUCCGGAGUCACAAACAGUUGUAAAUGAUGUGACAAUCACUUAAUGAAAUAUGUUAAAAGUAGACUUUGUUUUCUCGCUUUUUUUUCUUCUUCUUAUUGGUUUUUUUAGAGAUUAUUUUUUUCAUUCUGCAAAGGGUAGUUAACCUAGAAGAAUGUAUUUUUCGAUGUACUGUAUGUAUUUUUCAAUUUACUGUAUACAAAUAUGAUUGCAAUUGCAAAGAGAUGAAUGUUGUUGGUGGA